CUGACUCCGUACCUCAUAUUCGUCCGUCUGCUGGGGACAAAAGGAAGUCCUUACCAAGGAAUUUGGACUUAGGGAGCCUUCCCAGCCGUCGUGACAAAAGAAUGAAACAGUCAUCAUCUAAGGUGGUCAAGCCUGUCCUGCCCCAGCCCAGUCUCUCCGUCCAAACAAUUGAUGUGGACGUAUCUCCACCUGUGGAGACGACCUCGUCCAAGACCCCUCCUAGGACGAUUACACCUACCUCGUCUCAGCUCCCGUCGAGAGUGUCUUCAAACAUAGUUGAAAACGAAGAUUUGGCUUGGCAACGUUUUCAAGAAGCUGUGAAGGACGAGGACAUACAUGCAUGUUAUGACAUGUCUUUAAAAGAUUUUGAACAUUCUGGUGUUCAUGAUCUUUUUAAGGCCAUGUCCAAGUUCAUCGCAGCGUCUAGGCAAGCCACAGAGUUGGACAAGACGAGGAUUUUGCUAGAGACGACCAUAAAAAACGUGAGGGAAGAGAGUAAGAAAUGGGCUGGGGUUGCUGCUGAGGCUAAGGAGAAGGAAGUGGAGCAGCUAAAUUUGAUCGCAGAGUUGAAGGCCGCUGUGGUGGAGAAAGAUUCCCGUCUUGACCACCUUCAAGCGAAGAAUGACGAGCUGAGUACUUCCCUCUCCAAGGCUAAGGACGAUGCCAUUGCGGAGUUCAAAGCGUCCAAGGAAUUCACAGACUUGUUGGACCGCAACUAUGCAGCGGGUUUUGAAGACUUUGGGAUGGACGCUGUUGAAAACUUCCCUGAGGUGGACUUCAACUCUAUCAAACUUAACCUGAAUGCUGCUACCAGCUCUCUUCUCCAAACCAGCUCUGAGGACGUCAAUAUUGAAGACGAUGCCUCUACCCAGCCACCCACUGCUCCUCCUGCUUAAGAACGUGUUUUCUUUGUUUUUUUCUCUGAUCCUUUGUUUUUGGAUCUUUUGAUGUAAUUCAAGUACACUAAACUCGUCCAAAGUUUUUAGGACGAGGUAUUGAAACUUUUUUUUUUACAAGGGUGUUUGGACGUUGUUUGUCCGCCCUUCAAACAGUUGGUGAAUUUUAUUUCUUUUAUGUAUGGACGAGAUUUUUCAUU